UCUAUUUGCCCAGCACUGACUACUAUCGCUGACCCUCUUGGUCGGUAAGUCCCUCGCGAACCAUAGGUUAGAAAAUCCCCACGACCUGGUUAUUCAUUGAUCUUUGCCAAGCAAAGGUGGGAGGAAAAUGUGGCGCCUCUUGCUACUAGUGGGCGCGGGCUACCUGCGAGAAAUCCUGGCCUCUUCUGUGUUGACAACCCACGAGAUCGACGCCAUUCUCUACGAACAUAACGAGUUUAGAAAGAGCGUGCAGCCAACUGCAGCAGACAUGGAGUACAUGGUGUGGAACGAGAAGCUGGCGGCUAUCGCGCAGGACUGGGCAGACCAGUGUGUGUACACACAGAACAUACGGCGGGAGGAGCGGUUCAAAGGACCGGUUGGAGAAAACAUUUAUUUUACACUGGAAAAGUACAGAGCAGGGGAGGAAACGAAGCGGUGGUUCGAAGAGGGACAGAAGUACUCCUACACUACCGACACAUGCACUGAUAAGAGGUGCGGACACUAUACUCAGGUGGUCUGGGCCAAGUCUCGCGAGAUCGGAUGUGGCGUGAAAAUGUGUGACAUCCUGCAGGGUCUUGGGUGGCGCAACAGUUACGUCAUCGUGUGCGAUUACUCUCCUAGAGGAAACAGAGCCUACCAGAAACCGUACACCGCAGGCAAACCUUGUAGUCAGUGUCAAGACGGCAACAACACGUGUUAUGACAGUUUGUGCGGAAACCCCAACCGGCCCCGCAGAGCGGAGGACGCGAAGACCGGAGUGGUGGCGUCCAGCAUCCUCGAUCUUGAGGCCUUCAAUGGAGAGCCCUUGGUUAUGGACCAGCCUGAGUUCGACACCCACGUGCCCUCUCCUGUUAUAACCGAUUUCAAGGAUGUGGUGUGUUCGAAAAAGACAAGGCGAAAGUUUUGUAAGAAAUGCAGAUUGGCCAGAGGAAAGCACGUGUGUAAACGUUGCCGACGCAGCAAGAGAGAAAACGGUCGGUCCUGCAGACAAUGUAGACAUUGUCAGAGGUGCAAGCAUUGUAGAAAACUCAUGGAAUGAUAUAUACUGCUACUAACUUCCUACAUAUAUUAAAUAUUACAUAGUCUCUAGUCAAGACACUAGCACAAGUUGUCCAGGCAGUGUUUUCUCGACAGUUAUCGUGUAUGUGACAACCUGCAAAUAACAAAGGACAACCACAUGCCGUUAUCAUUUGUUUCUUGGUUCCUAUCCAAAAGUGUAGAAAAAUUGUAGAGUUCAAGAAAUAUGCCAUUCUUCACCCAUUCGGCGUAUGGUAGGCAACAAAUACCGUCUCAUGACAGAGAAUUAAUGACGUUUUCACAGUGUCUGUGUCUCUUGCCGCCCUGAUAGUUCUAUGCCGGUGCCCUUUUUCAUUCCUGUUUGCGAGUCAAGUCUGGUUCUGACAUACGUCUGUGCGUCUAACCACAAGGUGACUUAGAGAGAACACUGCCCGACCUCCCUGUGACAAAUAUGCCAGCGUCGAUCUUUUUGUAAGCAGAUGAAUGUGUGUGACUAACCUUUUUAUAUACAUGGGCAGCAUUUGGUUUUCAACCUCAUAUUUCAUACCACAGAAGUAUUCAAGUUAAACGUUAGAAACUCCGGAGAAGUAUAUGCAAAUAUAUGGUCCAUAUAAGGUGUAUUUAGAGGGAGAUAUAGGGAGAUGGAUAGUACUCGUACUGUAUAUACGGGAAGGAUUAUGACAGGGUAAGAAAUAAUUAUCAUUUACUAGGAAAAUUUCCAAUGUACAUGUAACAGGUCUGGACAUGCUCGUGUACGAAUAGGAAUAUGGAAUAUACGUACUGCUACGCAAUGAGAACUUGUCAUGAUGGCAUGGGAGAGGUUCAAAGGAG